CGACUCCCGGACCCGUUCCUCUACCGUCUGCCCACUUUUCUUAUCAUCCUGAUCCUGAUACCCUGGCCAAUUCCGUCUUCCGUCCCACAGGCCGAGGUCGACGGAGUGCAAUGGGCCACGAUGAUGAUUUGUCCAUCGCGGGCACUAACCACACUUCCAAUGGCGAGAGCGUGGAAGAUCAGGACCCAGCUCCAGCCCCAAAACGCCGCCGAGUUGGCUUGGCUUGUUCCGCAUGCCGGAUACGCAAAUCUCGCUGCAAUGGUGUACGACCAAGGUGCGAACCUUGUGAGCGGCUAGGCUUCGAAUGCAUAUACGAACUCCCCGACACAUCUGCCAAUCUAUUGGUCCCAAGAGACCUCUUCACCGCUCUGGAGGAGAAGGUCAGGAUCCUCGAGGUGACCGUUAAGCAUCAAGGCCAACGUUUAACAGAGGUUGAAGCGUGCCGUCCCAACGGGGCUGAUCCUGGAAGACCAGCCACACAAUUACCCAUCCUUCCCAGUAAUGUUGUUGUCAAUGUCGAGGGUAUACAAGAUCAGACAACGGAUCAGAGCAUGACGGAUGGGAUGGCUCUGUCAUUUGUUGACGAUCAAGACUGUGGGUUCUUUGGGCCGUCAUCGAACAUUGCUUUCAUGCGCCAAAUCUUCCGCGCCAUGGCCAAGCAAAGCGCAGCAGCUGGUGAUUCUGUUUCCCCGUCGUCAUCCAACGGCAUCGGCUUGUACCAAACAGGCAUGAUCAAUGUCUCUCGUCCACUCUCGUCCUCUUCUGCAAAAGGCCGCGCGGGGGAGACGUCGAGUGCGGUUGAGACGAACGUGCUACCUCCUGAUCAUGAAACACGAAAGCUUAUACACUCAUACUUCUCAAACACCGGUCUUCUCUUUCCUUUCAUCCACCAAGAAAGUUUCUUGGAGACGUAUGAACACAUGAGGCAACAAAACUUCCGAAUCAACGUACGUCGAACAUGGCUGGGGCUGCUGAACAUGAUACUCGCUAUGGCUAUAUGCACAGGUUGGGCAGAAGAUGGUACAGAGUAUCAGAAUGAGCAAUCGGAUGUUUAUUACCGUCGCGCAACAGAACUCUGCAAGACUCAGAUGCUCAGGGGCACUACUCUUGAAACUGUGCAAUACCUCUUGCUCAUGAGCCAGUACCUGCAAAGCACACAGAAAUCUGUGCAAACAUGGACUACUCACGGUCUAGCAGUUAAAGCUGCUUUGUCAAUUGGCCUCCAUUCGAGAGACGCCAUGUCUAAAUUUCCGCCAAUAGAGCAGGAAAUGAGAAAGAGAACGUGGUUUGGAUGUGUUUUGUUGGAUAGGAGCUUAAGUAUGACUUUCGGCCGUCCAGGAGCAAUUCCUGAAGACUACGUCAAAUUGGACCUUCCUAUACCGCUCCUCCCAUGCGAUGGGGUGAUCACAACUCACAACGACACGAGCAUUGCCUUCUUCAAUGCCACAAUCCUUUUGUACAGAGUUAUGUGGAAGGUUAUCGCUACUCUUUACGGUCACAAUUUAGGCUGUGAUGAUCCUCCAUCUGAGACAUUGAUGAUAACACAGAUAUUUAAUUUGGAGCAGGAACUGAGUGACUGGCAUAAUUCUUUGCCGUCACCACUGUUCCUACGAUCCUCAACAAACCUACCUGAGGAAUGUCUAUUGGAGGACCGACCGAUGGAACGGUUCAGAUUAAUUCUGUCGUUGAGAUAUCUAAGUGUGCAGCUUCUACUUCACCGACCCAUGCUCACGAACUCGCUUGGCGGAUGCGCGAGAUAUCCGACUUCAUUGCGCCGCAAUCAGCGGUCCGUUAACCAAAUGCAGACAAACUUCAAUCGGACGUGUGUGAGGGCUGCGGAGGAUAUUAUUGAGAUUAUUCAUACCAUCCUCACCAAGCCAGGCCUCGGGCGGCACUUGUUUGGAGCCUGGUGGUUCACGUUAUACUACACCUUCAAUGCUGCAUUGGUAAUCUUCGGCAGUCUUUUGGUUCCCAUGGAAGAUAUUGUCAACGAUCCAAUCGACGUCAACCGCUUGGAUCGAGUACGACAGUUCCUCGAAAAGGCGGCCGAUGCCCUUGUGCAACUUGGAACACAGAAUGGCAUUCUGAGUCGAUGCGUCGACUACAUAAAACGGCUAUCAGCGCUUGUCGAAAACUGGGGAACCUCGCACUCUCCUCGAACGCUAGAAUUGCCUAGUUCUGGUAUUCAGUUUACCCCUCAAUAUAAUUCGGUGGAUGUUCCUCAUGAAAAUAUGGAUAUUCAACCAGAGUUGUUGAUGGGAAUGCCGAUGCAAGAAGGAACGAUUACUAGCUUUCAGGAUGAACUUGAACUGGGCACUUUUUUCUCGAAUGAGAUUCAGCAAUGGUUCAAACGAUUUCCAAUCUAAGCACUUAGUAAUACAAGCAAUGGAUGAUGGUAAACCCAGAUUUAAAGCAGAGUGGAAGUAACAUAACUCCCCUCUCCCGAGGAUUUUCUCAGUAGCAAUAAGCU